UGCGCUCCUCUCCUAACAUUUUUGGCGGGCAUUGUGUCAAUUCGGGCCCUUCACUGUCAAUUUGUACGGUGCCGCCAUUUAUAUGAUGUCGGUUCUAAAACUCUGAUCAUUUACGUCACUGCUGAGGUUUUCGGUUCAUCGUUGUGCGUGUUUUAGUACGUGGGUUUUCUCCAAUUUCCCACUCUUUCAGCAAAAUUUCCUUAAUUCUUGAUUCUGUUCUCUGUGUAGGGUUUCGUAUGCGGGUCCCUCAGUUUCAACAAAAACUUCAUAAUUCUUGAUUCUAUUGUGUUUGUUGGUACAUGGGUUUUCCCUAUUUUUAUUCUCUUCCAAAAUAAACCCACAAUUUUUUACUCUUUUUCGAGAAAAUCGAAUAAUCAUUUAAGGAAAGCUGUUCCCUAGAUGAGGUUUUAGCCCUUUUGAAGUUUUCAGUAUCCGUGGAUUAAUUGCACCAGAAAAGAAGAAGAAAUCAUUACGGGUCUUCUUUGAGAAAGAGCUAAACUCAUGGAUUGUAGCCAAAAGGAAGAGUCUUCGUUAUCUGACGGUUUAAUCGAGGCUGAAAUCGAAAAGUUUUGUGCCGAUUGUAAGACCACAAAAACCCCUUUGUGGAGGAGUGGUCCUUCUGGCCCAAAGACACUGUGUAAUGCUUGUGGGAUUAGAAUGAGGAAGAAAAGGAGUCCCUUUGUGGGAUUGGACAGGCCAAAAGGCCGAGAGAGGAAAACGGAAUAUCCCACCACCACAUCGGCCUCCGCAGCGGCAGCCACCACUUCCACCAAGAAUGGUGGUAAAAAGGGUAAAAUUGGAAAAUCAAAGGAUGUGACGAAAGCAAAUUUGUUGUAUUUGCAGAGGCAGAGGUCACCAAUGAAGCGACAGAGGAGUCCAAGGCAAUGGGGUGAGGUAGAAAGGGCUGCUCUGCUUUUAAUGGCUCUGUCUUUUGGUGCUGUUUUUGCUUGAAAGAAUGUAGAGACAUAUCAGGAUGUAUGUAUACCUAAGGUGGGGUGGGGAAGGGAAGGGUAGGGUUCUUGAACAAGAAAAUUUGAUGAUCCUGCAAUUUUUUUCUUGUUAACUGAAAUGCCCAUGUUAAUGUUAGAUAGAAAACGCAGUUUUUUUGGGAAUGAAUGUUUGCCCAUUGAUAGUGGCCCUUUUCCCUUUUUUGAGUAGGUAGGAAAAAGGUAAAUGUAAUUUCUCAGAUUGAUAUCCCAAUGAAAUGAGAAUUUACAUCA